ACAAUCGCCCAUCGGUACGGUGGCAUAAUAAAAACGGUAUCUUCCCUUGCGAGGGCUGGCAGGACGCCUUAUUUAAACAGCACUUCCGAUAAUGGUGCGAAAGGUUUGAGCCGUAGUGCAGCGAAACCGAGCGUUCGGGGCUAGGUGCAGCGCAAUUUAGACGUGUACCGCACCUCGAGUGUUGAAGGUUGCCGAGUGGGGGUAUAGUGGCCUUAGGCGUCCGCAAUGGCCCGUCAUCGUUCCGUGCUAAGCGACGCGACAUUUCACGUUGAAGUCAACGAGAUUGGCAACAGGCGAUACCAGUCGGGCAGCAAUGGUGCCGAUGGUGGAAUGUUCAAGACGCCACCGGAAGAGGAUAAAAUCGAGGUGCUGCCAGACGACACCGCCGAGGAACAGCUGAGCAAUGAGGUGGGACUGUUCUCGCCCACGGGCAAUCCGCUCGCCAGCCAGGAGGACCAGUUUCAGGGUGUCAAUGCUAGUUUUUCGCAGAGCUUUCGCCGCUGGUCAAGCAACUUUGGACGAAGUGUGAAAAACAAUAAGCGCACCGUUUACAACAAAACCAUCCGCUUGAUGCCGUCUCGGAUACAGAAAACACUCUCGAUCGAUGGUGAUCUGAUAACGACUAGCGCAUCCGACGUCGACCACAUCACGAUGGAGCUUGGUCAACGAGAGCAACUGAUGGAGGACAACCCGAUCGCGGAGCAGCUUCGAAUCGAAACGAUCAAAUCGAUUGCGCACAAAAUCUCCACCAAACGCCAGAUCCGGGAGCAACUCUCGCAGACGGUCAAUCGUCGGGCAACACGCGCCAAAUCGAUCGGACUGCUCCGUCGUUACCGGUACAGCGGCAAGCUGUAUGCGACCCGCGCUGCCAAGCUGCUGAAAAGUGUCGUCACCAACUUUGAGCUGUUUUACGGCAGCAUGAAACAGAUCGAGGGACACUUUGGCAGCCGUAUCAGUGCGUACUUUAAGUUUUUGCGGCGAUUGCUGGUGCUGAAUCUGGUGCUGCUGCUGUUUAUCGGUUCGUUCGUGAUUUUUCCCCAGCUGUUGGCCGGGCCCGAUCCGGCUGGUUCCGGUUGGGACAUUAACGCCCGGCAGGAGUUCCAUCUGCGCGAUCUGUUCACCGGUGAGGGUUACCUCAGCGAAUCGGUUAUGUAUUACGGAUCGUACAGCAAUCGCUCGUUCACGCUUGUACCGGGUACGGCUGAGUACAGUCUACCGCACGCAUACUUUCUCACCAUCACCGUACUCUCACUGGUGACGUUUGUCAUCGUGUCGAUCAGUAUGGGCCGCUCGUACCGGAUCAGCUUUAUCGAGUCGAGCGCCACGGUGCAGAACAUCCUCACGCAUAAGAUCGUGUGCUCGUGGGAUUACGGUAUCGCGAAUGGGAAGGCCGCCCGGCUCAAACACACCACCAUCCUGAACGAGCUGCGUGACUAUCUGGCCCAACGGAACCGUGACCCGUUCAUUCCCGGCCGUUGGCACCGUUUAAGGCGUGAAGCGUUACGGGCGGCGGUGCACGUGACGGUGCUGGCACUGAUCAGUGCGGUUGCCGCGUGUCUAUGGAUGCUGUUGGUACGGUUUGGCGAGACGGAUCACUUUACGGCCUGGUCCGCACUGUACGUGUCGAUCGUGUCGAACGUAACGAUGGUCGCGUUCGGGUACGCCUGCCAGCUGCUUGGCCGGCUCGAACAGUACCGACAGGUGGCGACCCGGCUCAACAUUAACCUGCUGCGCCAUUUUCUGCUCCAGCUGACGAUUGUCGGUGUGCUGAUGGUCUACUGGUUGACGCGUGCCCACACCGAGACCGGUUGCUGGGAAACCCUAAUAGGGCAGGAACUCUAUCGGCUACUGGUGGUGGAUUUCUUCAUCUCCACCUUGCUGCUUUGUGCGAUUAGAGGUAUACGGUACCUGCUGCACGUACGGUACGGUCCGGUAAAGGGUAAAGCACCUCGAACCAGCCCCCUGAGUCGUUACCUUACACCACCACCGUUCUGCAUCGAAACGCACAGCCUCGGACUGGUGUACAAUCAAACAUUGCUGUGGUUUGGUGUACUGUUCGCACCCCUGCUCGUGCUGCUGGUAGCACUGAAGCUGCUGCUCGUCUUCUACAUCAACAAGUUCGAGCUGAUCUACCUCUGCCAACCACCGGCCCGGCUGUGGCGCUCGAGCCAAACGCAAACACUCUUCCUCGUGCUGGUGUUCGUGUCACUGUUCGGGGUGCUGCUCACCCACGGCUACAUCAUCAUGCAGGUGCCGGUGAGUGCCGGGUGUGGUCCGUUCCGCGGCACCCAGUACAUGUACCAGCUGUUCAUGCAGGGCAUCCUGAAGCUGCGCGAGGAGCACCUGUUCUGGCGCAUCUUCGUCUACAUCACCAAACCGGCCAUCAUCGGUGGCGUACUGCUGACGAUGGGUGUCGCCACGUACUAUCUCCGGGCGAAAUCACGCGCCCAAAUAGCGAAAGUGAAGCUGCUGAAAGAGCUGCUGGGGAUGGAGGCGAAGGAUAAAAAGUUUCUGCUCGCCAGCCUGAACAAGGUGGCGCACGGGAAGGACUGUUCCGAGCAGCUCGACCGGAUCGAGCUGGUUGGUGGGGGACGCCUUAAUGGACCGGCUGAUAAGUAUUAUACUGAUCCCUGCGGUACCUGGCGGUAUGAGGAAACGCCACGCAAGAGCGACGAGGGCGAAAUGGCCGACACUGGCAAUGAAUCCACCGGUAGCUGCUCCGGCUAUCAACGAUUUGAGGAUGAGGAACAGCUGCGUAUGAGAAGAUCCUAACAACGAUCAACCAGACACACUCCUUAGGCGCGUGACCCGUUGGCAAAUUUUGUCUUCCAAAAAAACAAAAGAAUAUUACACCGAUGACGCUUAAUUAUAUACGCGCACGCGCUCACUAGCUUCAUUUAUUUAUUUUCAAAUUUCUUUCUAGAACCAAGUUUUUGUUUUUCAUCAAAUUAUUUAUUGAGCUUUAAUUUAUAUGAUAACGGAAGCGACAGUGAUCACAACUCGGACGGAGAAGCAAUCGUAAACGUGUCUUAGCUUAGCUAGCUGUGCUUUCAUCUGUGUGUUUAGCGUUUUUUGAGGAACAAUAUAAUUCAUUUAUUGGAGAGAAACACUAACAAUGUACCGUUUUGAACGUAAUUCGAUCCGGGAACGUUUCCGAACACUCACGUACGAUACAGAUAACGCGAUGACGUGUAAUUGUUAGUCCAGCGUCCGCACACUCAAGAGCUUUGUUGUUUGAUGGUCGAAUGAAUCAGUUUAAUCAUCAAGCAGCGUGCUUCGAAAUGCGCAUUACAGUACUAGAUAUUCGUCUCCUGCAGUAGGUAACACCGAUAAGGGUUUGUUUGUCCCGCCAUUGCCGAGUGUGUGUGUGUGUGUGCGGGCGCGCACUGUUGACGAACGAUAAGUGUCUUUGAAGCUUCUGGCCAAGCGUAUUACACAUCACGGCAACAUGCGAAUAAAACGAUCGCGCAUUAUCAAACUACCGAGCUUGCUUUCUUUGGCAGCUUGCGACAAUUUGUAAAACAUCGGGCCGGACUUCUCCCGGUGUUUAGGUGAAGUCUUCAGCUUCCAGCACACCCCGAAACAAUGUAAUGGUCUAACGUCUCAUUCAUUCCGCCAAGCGACAUCAUG